AUGCAUUGGCAACCUGAACUGCCUAUGACUCCAGCGCUGGACGAAUUCUACAUGGACCUCUCUUAUGCCACAGCUGCUGCUCAAAUGGAGGAUUGGCGCUUGAAUCUGAUGAGACUGCUAUCUGAAGAUCUACUUUCUUUCUUCAGGCUAAGCCGCUGUACCUCUGACACACCGCGCUCCUUAGCUGAAGUUUUGCAUCGUGCGUCGGAGGUUCUGCCUCUGCCCUUCGAUGACCUGGAGAUAAUGCGGCGCGGUCGGGCAAUCUUGGACAGGAGGCUACUCCCUCACCUUGGGUCUGCCUCAGUCGGGGCAGCGACUCAGCCUGCUCCCAACCCUGCCUCACACGCCGCUUCUCCUUCCCCUGCCGCCUCGAGCCGAGGUCGGGGUCGGGGCCAAGCUACUCGCCCGGCCAGAAGCGCCUUCCGAGGAGCCUUGCGGGCAUCCGGAUGCGGUCGCGCAGCUCUUCAUCACGCAGGUCCGAGCUCAUCCGGCCGGGGCACCACAGACAGGGGUGCAGCGGCCUCUUCACAGGGUCAGCCUCGCUCUGAUGAUUCUGACUUGGAUAACCAGCCCCUGCUUCACAGGCGGCGCCGAAGACUAGCCUCUCCUAACCCCUACAGGGGGCGACCAGCUGCGUUCCGCUUUGCUCCUACUGCUGCAGAGGGAGACAGCCCCGACGAUAAUCAAAACCCGGUGCCCACUGAGCCCGUUCCCGAGCCACCUCCGGCCCCUCCUGGUGCUGACGCCGGCCCUUCUCAACCUUCCUUCUCCGCCCGCCAUUGUUACAGGACAACCAUCCCCUCUGAAGCUGCUCUAGCUCGGCGGCCUGACGCCUCCACAAGCCUUUUGAUGAUGAAAGGCUGCCUCGGCAGUUUGUGGGCAGAGAGUAUGGAUCAAAUGGGUGACGCACCUCCAUUAGCCCAGAUGGACAGAAAGGAACUCCAGGAGAGAGUCUCCGAAUUAGAGUUGCAAUUGAACGAUCCCACCCAAGCUAGUUAUGCUUUGCGAGCGGAGAUUCAGGCUCUAACCAAUCAGACCGACCGACAGAAACAGUCCCUGAUACAGGUGAAGGAUGAGCUCCGAGCUAUGAGGGAGGAGAGAGCUGCAUCUGAGGCAGGGUAUCAGCAGCAGCUUGCCCAUCAAGCUCAGGUGAUACAGUCCAGAGAUACCCUUCUGCAAGAGAGGAGCGAGAAAUUGGAAGUGCAGGCAGCUCAACUGGAGACUCAGGCAGCUGAACUGAGGGCUCUGAAGGCAGAACUAUCCCAGUCUUGA